AUGCAAGCCUUUCGUCGGAACGCGGCUUCUGCCCUUCGAAAUGCUGCCCCCGUUCAGCGCCGGGCAUACUCCGCUGGACCUUACUCUGAGACCGUGAAGAACCUUCGCAUCAAUGGCGACACCAAGGUGCUCUUCCAGGGAUUCACCGGAAAGCAGGGAACUUUCCACGCCGAACAAGCAAUUGCCUAUGGCACCAAGGUUGUCGGCGGUACCAACCCCAAGAAGGCUGGCUCAACACACUUGGACCUCCCGGUUUUCGCGAACGUUAGCGACGCUGUCAAGGAGACCGGCGCCACUGCUUCGGCUAUCUUCGUUCCUCCUCCCGUUGCUGCUAAGGGUAUCGAGGAGGCCAUCGAGGCUGAAGUUCCUCUCGUUGUCUGUAUCACCGAGGGUAUCCCUCAACAUGACAUGGUCCGUAUCACCGACAUCCUGAAGACCCAGAACAAGACCCGUCUGGUUGGACCCAACUGCCCCGGUAUCAUCGCUCCCGGCCAAUGCAAAAUCGGUAUUAUGCCUGGUUUCAUUCACAAGCGUGGUCGCGUUGGUAUCGUCUCCCGCUCCGGCACUCUGACCUAUGAGGCUGUGAACCAGACCACUCAGGCUGGUCUCGGCCAGUCCCUAGUUGUCGGUAUCGGUGGUGACCCCUUCUCCGGCACCAACUUCAUCGACUGCCUGCGCAUCUUCCUUGAGGAUGAGGAGACAGAUGGUAUCAUCAUGAUUGGUGAAAUCGGUGGUAGCGCCGAGGAGGACGCCGCCGAGUUCUUCAAGGCCAACAACAAGUACAACAAGCCUGCCGUUGGUUUCAUUGCCGGCAUCAGUGCUCCUCCAGGCCGCCGCAUGGGCCACGCUGGUGCCAUUGUUAGCGGUGGUAAGGGUGGUGCCGACUCCAAGAUCUCUGCUCUCGAGAGCGCCGGUGUUGUUGUGGAGCGAAGCCCUGCCGCCCUUGGCAAGUCUCUGCUUGCUGAGUUUGUGAAGAGGGACUUGGUUUAG